AUGUCCAUCGCAAAUGACAGUGCAAUAAGGGAAUUCAUUCUCCUGGGGUUUACCGAUCGCCCCGAGCUCCAACCUCUCCUCUUUGUGCUGUUUCUGGGUGUGUACCUCGCCACCCUCUUGGGCAACCUGGGCAUGAUACUAUUGAUCAGGCUGGACUCUCGCCUUCACACACCCAUGUACUUCUUCCUCACUAAUUUGGCCUUUGUAGACCUGUGCUACGCCUCAAAUGCCACCCCGCAGAUGUUGACUAAUUUCUUAUUAGAGAAGAAGACCAUCACCUUUGCUGGCUGCUUCACACAAUGUUAUGUUUUCAUCGCGCUUCUCCUCACUGAGUUUUACAUGCUGGCAGCAAUGGCCUAUGACCGCUAUGUGGCCAUAUGUAACCCUCUGCGUUAUAGUAUGAAAAUGUCCAGGAGAGUCUUCAUCUGCUUGGCCACCUUUCCUUACGUCUACGGCUUCUCAGAUGGGCUCUUGCAAGCCGUCCUGACCUUCCGCUUGAGCUUCUGUAGAUCCAAUGUCAUCAACCACUUCUACUGUGCUGACCCGCCGCUGAUUAAGCUUUCUUGCUCUGAUACUUACGUCAAAGAGCAUGCCAUGCUCAUAUCAGCUGGCUUCAACCUCUCCAACUCCCUCAGCAUCAUUCUGGUGUCCUAUGCCUUCAUUAUUGCUGCCAUCCUCCGGAUCAGAUCAGCAGAGGGAAGGCACAAGGCGUUUUCCACCUGUGGUUCCCACAUGAUGGCUGUGACCCUAUUUUAUGGGACACUCUUCUGCAUGUACGUAAGACCACCCACGGAUAAGACUGUUGAGGAAUCCAAAAUCAUAGCUAUUUUCUACACUUUUGUAAGUCCGGUGCUUAAUCCAUUAAUAUAUAGUCUGCGGAACAAAGAUGUAAAGCAAGCCUUGAAGAAUGUCCUCAGAAGAAAUGUGGUCACUAAGAUGGGACUGCCUCCAGUUUUCAAUAAAUCAUAA